AAAAAAAGCUGAAAAGGACAAUAAGGAAAACCAAAAACAGAAAGGAAGAACAAAUAAUAAAUUACAAUAUAAAUGAAAGUAAUUAAUCCUCCUAAUAUACAAGGUGCACAGAAGAUAGAGGGAAAAAGACAAGAACACCAUGGAGGAGGAAAAUGAUGAUGGAAGCUUAUUCAUAAAUCAUAAAUGUCCAAAACAAACAAAAUGUCCCAUGUUUGCCUACCCUUUUCCGCCCAACACUUCACUUCCAUGAAUUCCAUCUCCAUUUGUAUCUCCAAGUCAAGUCCCCACACCCCUCCACUUUUUGCUCUAAACUCUUACUAUUUGAAAAAUUUUCAUCACUUAUUAGUUCGCCUUGUUCUACAAAGCCCACUUGCAGAAUUCAGUUAAUCCACAUGUUUGUUGAAAAUUUGUUUCUUUUAUGUCAUUCUGGAAUCUGGGGUAUGGGUUUUUAACACCCUUUUGAUUUUUUAAUGUUGUUGUUUCCUAAUUCCGUGGUAUUCAGUUACCUUCUUCAUGUGUUUUUUUUUAUUCGGGUUUUCAAGUUGUUUUCUGGCUCUUUAUUCUUUCAAGGCUUAGUUUCUGUUGAUAUGGUUGAAAUGUUCUCAAUUCACUGAUUUUUUUCAAUUUAAUGUUUGUUUACAGGUUUUCUCUGAUCGCACUUCAAGGAAGAAUUUUGCUUUCUAUUGGUACUGUUGGUGACAAUAAGACAUAACACAACUCUCAGAAACUUUUUCAGGCGAUUGGUUAUCUGCAGGAUUCGUAGUACAGUAAUACCUUAUGGCUUCGUUGGAUAUUGACACACCUUGGAUAUGCACAUCCAGUGAGUCCUUCGAUGAUUCACUAAAUAUACACAUAGAAGAAGUUGACCCCACUGAUACUUUAGAAGCUCUAGACAACUGGAAGCCUGUUGAACAUUCUAGCCGCAAUAUUCCGAAGCCUCCUCCUCUUCCAACUAAAACCAGUAAAACAACCAAGAUUCAGAGAUGUCUUCCUGGUUCAUGCAGCAUUCCGAAAGAAACCAUGGGUUUAUGGGACACACUUUUCAAAGAAGGGCAUGCGGCAGAUGUGCAGAUUAUAACAGAGAACAAAUCCAUAAUUCCUGCUCAUUACAGUGUUUUGUGUGUUGCAUCGCCAGUGCUGAGGAACUUUUUGCAGCAAUCCAAACCAAGGAAUGGUAUAAGAUACAUAAAGAUUCCUGGGGUACCUUAUGAUGCCAUAUAUGUUUUUGUACGGUUCCUUUAUUCAUCCUGCUAUGAUGAUGGAGAGAUGAAGAAAUUCGUUCUCCACUUACUGGUUUUAUCACAUUCAUAUUCAGUGCCAUCUCUCAAAAAAGUUUGUGUAAAACUUUUGGAGGAGCAGUGGUUAAACACGGAAAAUGUAAUAGACGUGUUUCAGCUUGCAAGAGAUUGUGAUGCACCUAGACUAUCCAUUGCCUGUUUGCGCAUGAUUGUUAAAGAUUUCAAGACGAUAUCAUUAACUGAAGGAUGGAAAGUGAUGAGGCGUGCCAAUCCUAGACUUGAACAGGAACUAUUGGAGUCAGUUGUGGAAGCAGAUUCUAGAAAACAAGAGAGGCUGAGGAAAAUUGAAGAGAAAAAGAUUUAUUUGCAGUUGUAUGAAGCUAUGGAAGCAUUGCUUCAUAUUUGCAAGGAAGGAUGCAGGACGAUUGGGCCUCGUGACAAAGUUCUGAAAGGGAGCCAAGUUUCCUGUAACUUUCCUGCUUGCAAAGGAAUUGAAACUUUAGUUCGUCACUUUGCUAACUGCAACAAAAGAGUACGUCCUGGUGGAUGCUCACAAUGUAAGCGAAUGUGGCAGCUUCUCGAACUUCACUCGCGCAUGUGCAGUGAACCUGAUCAUUGCAAGGUUCCUCUUUGUAGACACUUCAAGAUGAAAAUGCCGCAACAUAGCAGGAAAGAUGAGGCAAAAUGGAAGCUGCUUGUGAGUAAAGUGAUAUCAGCUAAGCAUGCCUGGGGACCAUUCAUGAUAAAGCCUUCUGCCUUUUCAUGACAAGGAUCUACUUUACUUGAUACUUCUUUCACACUUUUUACAUGAGUUGAAUAUGGCCCUUUUAUUUUGUGAGGCCGUAUCAUAUCCAAUUGUACAGCUCUAAUAAGUUUCAAAAUAAAACUCUAAUAAAUCCUACCUAAUGCUGAUCUAUUUUAUAGCAGAGGUUCUUAAGAGCUAUCUUGUUGAUUGCCCUAGAAAUUUGUCCCCUUUUUGGCAUGAGAUUUAUUAGCGCCCCGUCAAUCCCUUAGGAUAAUCACUUUGAGACGGAGGGAGUAUUAUUUCUUGUGAACUUACAAAACGGAUAGGGAUGAUUAUUCGCAAGAUUCAGCUUUUAUAUAUAACUUUAGUAGUUCAUCAGCACCCUGAUGAAAUGCUGGUUGUAAAAACUGUCACUAUAGCAGUCUUCUGCUACAUUCUAUGGCAGAUCACUUCCUAAGAUUUGAAGACAUAGAUCCACAUUCUAGACUAGUAGUCAUUUUAUCACCUUUGAGAUGCACUCUGAAUAGUACAUUUGGGCUUUUUCCUUUUCUUUGAUGUUAGUGAAAACAAUAUUGGAAACUAAAAG